GGGGACGCGGAGCUGAGAACACCAGUUUGGGAGGAACAGCAAAGAGAGUUAAGGACAAAAACUGAUGGACCAUUACAUCUUCCGAAAUGAGCCUUUUCACACUUUGCUACUGGAAAAUUACAUGUCCUGAAGAGAGAAGAAUUCAGUGCUGGACUGUCCUAAACACUACCCAUGGUGCAGCUUCCGAGAACAGCUUGAUUUCUGUGACUUGAAGAGGAGGCACAUGUGCAGUGAGCCAAGAGGACAUGGGCUUCCAGUGCAUCUGGAACAAUGAUCAGGUACUGGGCCCAAGCGUUACAUGUGAGUUGUGUCCUACAAAUGCUCUGAGCACCCCCUCGGGCCGUCUCCUUGAUGCACACUCACGGCAUCAUGGCCAGCACUCAGGAGCGCCUGAGCCUGUCUUCCUCUCCCAGCUCCAUCGGCAAAGCGUUCUGUGAGGACAGAGACUUGGGGAGGUUCCCCGAGGAGCACCCCGCUGCCGGGAACCACCCGUCCCCGGAGCUGCUGGAGGACGUUCGGGAGCGGGGCUCGCCGCCGGCCGAGCUGCUGGAGGGUGUGAGCAGCCCGGGCACGGCGGCCGUGCUGACCAGCAUCAGCGAGGACGCCCGGGACCAGUUUGAGAACAGCGUGCUGCAGCUGCGAGAGCAGGACGAGCCCGAGCCGGGGCUCCCGCAGGGCACGCGCAGCCCUGGGGACGGGGACACCAACGGGGCCACCGACGAUGUCAAGGUCCAGUUCAACCGCACGGGCAGCGGCAGCGGCGGCUUCCUCGAGGGGCUCUUCGGGUGCCUGCGGCCCGUGUGGAACAUCAUCGGCAAGGCCUACUCCACGGACUACAAGCUGCAGCAGCAAGACACGUGGGAGGUGCCGUUCGAGGAGAUCUCGGAGCUGCAGUGGCUGGGCAGUGGGGCACAGGGAGCUGUCUUCCUGGGGAAAUUCCGGGCCGAGGAGGUGGCCAUCAAGAAAGUGAGGGAUCAGAACGAGACGGACAUCAAGCACCUGCGGAAGCUCAAGCAUCCCAACAUUAUUGCCUUCAAGGGAGUUUGCACCCAGGCCCCGUGCUACUGCAUCAUCAUGGAAUACUGUGCCCACGGGCAGCUCUACGAGGUGCUGCGGGCCGGCAGGAAGGUUACCCCACGGCUGCUGGUGGACUGGUCCACAGGGAUUGCCAGUGGCAUGAACUACCUGCACCUCCACAAAAUCAUCCAUCGAGACCUCAAGUCACCAAAUGUUUUGGUUACACACACAGAUGCAGUAAAGAUUUCAGAUUUUGGUACGUCUAAAGAGCUCAGUGAUAAAAGUACCAAAAUGUCCUUUGCGGGGACAGUGGCGUGGAUGGCCCCGGAGGUGAUACGGAACGAGCCUGUCUCCGAGAAGGUGGACAUCUGGUCAUUUGGAGUGGUUUUGUGGGAGCUGCUCACAGGGGAGAUUCCCUACAAGGAUGUGGACUCUUCAGCCAUCAUCUGGGGAGUGGGCAGUAACAGCCUCCACCUUCCUGUCCCUUCCACCUGCCCAGAUGGCUUCAAAAUCCUCAUGAAGCAAACCUGGCAGAGCAAGCCCAGGAACCGUCCGUCCUUCCGGCAGACACUGAUGCACCUGGACAUUGCCUCUGCUGAUGUGCUGGCUACUCCUCAGGAAACCUACUUCAAAUCCCAGGCUGAAUGGAGAGAAGAAGUGAAGAAGCAUUUUGAGAAAAUUAAAAGUGAAGGAACUUGUAUCCAUCGGCUGGAUGAAGAAUUGAUUCGCCGUCGAAGAGAAGAGCUGAGACAUGCAUUAGAUAUCCGUGAGCACUACGAGAGGAAGCUGGAGCGAGCCAAUAACCUGUACAUGGAGCUCAGUGCUAUCAUGCUGCAGCUGGAGGUGCGGGAGAAGGAGCUCAUCAAGAGGGAGCAAGCAGUGGAAAAGAAAUACCCUGGGACUUACAAACGCCAUCCAGUCAGACCAAUAAUCCACCCCAACACAGUGGAGAAGUUGAUGAAGAGGAAAGGGGUCUCUCAUAAACCAGGCAGCCAGACCAAACGGCCAGAUCUUCUGAAGUCAGAGGGCAUACCCAGCACAGAAGCAGCAUCCAAUGGCUCCCCAGUCUCAGGAAGUCCCAAGAUGUCAACCCUGAGUGGCAAAGGCCGGUACCGCAGCAAGCCCCGGCACCGCCGGGGGAACAGCAAAGGCAGCUACAAUGAAUUUGCAGGGAUCUUGAAAAACCAGCCGGCGCAAGACGAUGUCCCCCAGCCCGGCCCUCCCCAGGCUCCCCACGCGCCCGGAGCGCCGCAGCAGGGCCAGCACUCGCGGCCGCACGCCCACGGGCAGGACAUCGCCACCUGCGCCAACAACCUGCGGUACUUCGGCCCCGCGGCCGCGCUGCGCAGCCCCCUCAGCCAGCACGCCCAGCGCCGCGUGUCCGGCUCCAGCCCCGACCUCAUCUCCACCGCCAUGGAGGCCGACUGCCGCCGCGGCCUGGACAGCAAGGGCAGCCCGGCCGAGCGCUGGGAGUGCUGCCCGGCGGAUCCCUACGACCCCUGCCUGCAGUGCAGGGAUGAGGACAGUGGCCAGGCACAGAUGGCGCAGUCCGCUGAGCCGGGGGGGAGCCGCCCCCAGUCGCCCGCCUCCCUCUACGAGAGCACGCAGUUCAUGGAGAAGCUGGAGGAGCAGGGCACAGCCGCCUCUGCCUUGGGCACUCCCCAGCACUUGGCUUCCUCAGGGCUGCCCUGCAAAGCAAGAUCCCUCCAAAAGAGUGGGGACGAGUCUUCAGAAGAGGAGGAGGGUGAAGUUGACAGUGAAGUGGAGUUUCCUCGUAGACAAAGACCCCAUCGCUGCAUCAGUAGCUGCCAGUCCUACUCAACCUUCAGCUCUGAGAACUUCUCUGUGUCGGAUGGAGAGGAGGGGAACACAAGUGACCACUCAAACAGCCCAGAUGAGCUGGCCACCAAGCUAGAGGAUGAGCUGGCUGAGAAGCUGGAGGACAUGUUGUCCCAGACUCCAGAGAUCCCCAUUGAAAUCUCCACGCAGUCGGAUGGGCUUUCGGACAAAGAGUGUGCUGUGCGGAGGGUUAAGACUCAGAUGUCUCUGGGCAAACUUUGUGCAGAUGAACACAGCUGUGAGAACCCACCACAGUUUGGAGAAUCAGACUGUGACUCUUCUGAAGGGGAGUGUUCUGAUGCCACAGUCAGGACCAAUAAGCCCUGCAGCUCUGCUACUUGGUAAUACAGAUCUCCCCCAAAGCUUCCUGGUACUGGCAUUUUGAUUUCCCUGAGAUUCCACUUCAUUCCCCUUCAUCACACUUUACAGGAAGAGAAGAUGCUUCUCCUUCCCACCCCAGGAGUGAUUUGCAAU